GAGAAAGGCAGGGAAUGGCAGGGGCUGAGGCUCAACUGCCAGCGUGCAUAGGCGCUUGUGCUGGCGGUCUCAUAUAUUGGAUGGCCACGCAGCGCUACCGGUGGCGAUGGUGUCUUUUCCCUUCUGUCUUGUGAUGGUCUCGAACUUUACCUCUCUUCAAGCGCCCGCCAUUCCACGGAAAGUCUGGGUCUGGAACCCAAGACACCGCGUUACAUUCAUUUGUUGAGCAGCUUUACGGUGGGUAUAUGUUGCUGGCUGAUGCUGGUCAUCAGGUAUAAUAAGGCUAUACAACUUUGCGUAUCUUCUCGUCGUUCUUUUCGGUGUCGUUGCGGCCUGCCUUUUGUCUAUCAUUUAUUAGACUUCAACGAUUAACGAUGCAUUUUAUUCAAAUUCUCGCGGCCAGCUUGGCUGCUUCCGUUUCGUACGCUCUCCCUAUUCAAGAGGGCGAAAAGAAAGUUUUCGUCAUGUCUCGAAAACCCGCCGUUCAGUACAGACCUCAGGCCAAGAGGGCAACUCUCGUGGCCAAUGUCACGGAUCCCAGCGUCAGCCGCGAUUCAUGCGGCUCAGUCAGUAUGGGCGGCCGCACUUUUUGGACUUGUCGAGACACAGCUGUCCGGAUCCCUGGUACUGACCAGUUCGGAUGGGUGUUUACCAACACUGUCGGUUGGACUGAUCAUCACUCAGAUGGAUCUCCAGCAAUUCAGGCCGGAGGACCAGUCGGGGCUGGAUCAAACGGAACCAAUAAUAUUCUGUUGAUGAAGGGCCCGCAGCCAUCUCUUCCUACCUUUUAUCCUUUGGGCUCCAACGAGUGCCCAAGCUCUGGAGUCUGCGCUGAUGGCAAAUCCAGAUGGACAAGCUGGCCGGACUCACCACCAAUGGUCUCGAAUACAGCCCAAGAUGGGACCGUUACGGCAUAUACCUGGAUAUCCAACAAUCACAUUACCAGCAGUGGAUUCCAGGUUUUGACAACUCAGCCCUCAGUUACCCUUCACAAGAUGACUUAUAAGCCCAACGCCGACGUUAACGUUGUGCCGACUGUGAAGCCUGUGGAUACCAGCUUCUGGAAAGCGAAUGAGAUUGCCUAUGGAACCUAUGGCAACGUUGUCAACGGCGGGUAUGCCUACCUCUAUGGACUGCUGUAUCCGAGCGGAGUUGCUCUGGCAAGGGUUCCGGUCAACAGCAUCGAAGACAAGACCAAAUACCAAUACUAUGUGAGCGGCAAGUGGACCAGCACCAAGCCUGCCAUCACCAACCCGGCUGCCGCAGUCCCCAAUGCCGGGACGACAGGCCAGGGAACCUUUUACUACUGCAACAAGGCCCAGUCGUACAUCUGGAUCGGCCAGAACAACCCAAGCGUUUGGGCAGACUUUUAUAUCUCGACGGCUCCAAGCCCAGAGGGCCCCUGGAUCACCCCCUACCUGCUCUACUCUGGACCCAACGGAGACGCAGAGUUGCCCUCGUACAGCCUGCAAGCGCAUCACCACUUGCUGCGCAAGACUGACGACGGCAUCUAUCUGACGUGGACGCAGUACUUCAAACCCAGCACGUAUAACGCAUAUGUCACCCCGCUUGUAUACGUUUCGUUUGUCUAGGAUUGGCGUAGGCUGCAGAUAGACGCAUGCAUUGCCUGUGCGUCUUCGUACAUAGAUACCCCAUUGUGUUUGAAUGCGAGCAAGUCAAGAAUGCCGGAUGCGGAUGGAUACAUAAUACUGUACAUAUAGACCAGGGCUUUGGGAGUUUUGAACGCUGGUUAUUGGCGUCAAUGUCUUUUGUUUCUCGAUAUGGGAGGUGGAGGCGCUGGGAUUCAUAAAAAGCAGCUGUUGGAUCAAAUGAAAUGAACAUGGCAUGGUUUCAUCUUGCCCCUUUCAUGCAAACCACCACCACACAAAUCGACCCAUUGCCUCCAUGAUCAACAUCAAUGCCUG